CAGUUGUAAGGUUGUGUGCGCCGGCGUCGUACGCGACUGUCCCACUGUGAGAUAUUCAAGCGAAAUAUAAAAACGCGCCCACAUACAUAUUUUUUUGAAAUAUUUAAAAACAAUAAAUUAUUAAUUUAGUGUAUACAAGUAAAAUCCGUGAAUAAAAAAACUGUUUUAAUGGUGAUGUUAAGUGGAAUAAACUGUUCAAUAUAAAAAGAUCUAAAGAAAUGGAAAGCGGUGUGGGUUUAGACGUAGAUGCAUUGAUGCAGGAACUGGGUCAGUUCAAAAAGUUUCAUUUGUUGAACUAUGUGCUGUUAUCGCUAGUACCAUUUGCACUUAACCAUUAUGGUGUUAACUAUGUCUUCUUAGCAGGUGAUGUUCAAUACAGAUGUCUAGUACCAGAAUGUGAAGCAGCAAAUACUACCGAAUACAGUCCAAUUUGGUUAGAAAAUGCUUUGCCACCGAAUGGUAGAGAAAGACGCUGCAGUGUGAAAGUUCCAAUGGAGGACGGAUUCUGUCAACCAGAUCAUUUUUCUGAUAAGCUACGACCUUGUGAACAAUGGUUAUAUGAAACACAUGAUACAAUAGUAGCUGAGUUUAAUUUAGCAUGUCAAGAUUGGAAGAGAACCUUGGUGGGCACAAUUCAUAAUAUUGGUAUGCUCGUGUCUCUGCCUAUCUUCGGCUUUAUAUCAGACCGAUGGGGACGCAAACGUUCCUUAAUAUUAAGUUCCACCUUGUUAGCAAUUAUAGGCACUAUGAAAGCAUUUUCUAUCUCAUAUGAAAUGUACGUUAUAGUGGAAUUUCUCGAAACCGUCGCUGGUGCAAGCGCCUUCCCUGCGGCCUAUGUCCUCACUAUCGAAUUGCUAGGACAAAAUAAACGUGUUUUGACGACCGCGUUUCUGGGAAUUAUGUUAGCUCUUGGAGGUAUAAGUUUUGCAAUGUUUGCAAAAACCUUUCCAUAUUGGAGAACUUUUAUAUUAGUGGUCUAUCCACCGUCUCUACUUUUUCUCUCAUAUAUAUACUUCUUACCUGAAAGCAUCAGAUGGCUUCUAUCGAAAGGACGGAGAGAAGAAGCAUUUAAAAUAGUAACCAAAGCUGCUAAAAUGAACAAUGUUACACUUUCCGAUGAAACUAUCCGUCAAUUCACUGUCGAAGAAAAACAAACCAAAGGAGUAAAAACAGAAGCAAAUGAAGAAGAGACACAAGGUUUAUGGCUGCAAGUUAUAAAAUCCCCGAUUAUUAUGACUCGUUUGGCGAUUUGUUCAUGGUGGUGGAUAACGUGUACCUUUGUAUUUUAUGGUCUGGCAAUAAAUUCUGUUUCUCUGGCUGGAGAUAAAUACACCAACUACAUGUUAGUCAGCAGUGUAGAAAUCAUUGCGGUAGUCACAAAUGCUUUGGUAUUGGAUAGAAUCGGUAGAAAGAAAACUAUGAUGAUUGCUUAUCUUGUAUGCGGAGUUUCUUGUGGGUCAAUUGCAUUUGUACCCAAGAAUUUACCCUGGUUGGCAACUGUCUUGUACUUAGUGGGCAAAAUAGCUAUUACACAGGCUUUUAGCGGCAUUUAUAUGUACACAUCGGAACUUUUCCCCACGCAUGCGAGGCAAUCACUGCUUGGAUUUUGCUCUAUGAUAGGAAGAAUUGGAUCCAUUGUUUCACCUCAGAUGCCUUUACUGGCUAUUUAUAUUGAAUGGCUGCCAUCAGUGCUUUUCGGGGCCACUGCUAUAAUAGCUGGUGGACUAAUGAUGACUACCCCUGAAACACUUAACACAAAACUUCCAGAUACAAUCAAAGAAGCCGAAUUUAUAGCAAGCAAAAAAGUAAAGCCCAAAAGUACUGACAUGCAAUUAACAUCAAAAUUAUAAACAAAAUAUGACAUUAACAACAUGACGAAAAUAGAAAUUAAUUGAAAGAUGUACAUAUAAUAAUAAUUAUUAAGAAUUGUGAUAAAAAUAUUACAUUUAUAUUAUUUAUUGACAAAAUUACAAAUGGUUACUAAAUAUUCCUCUAUAUCAAUAAAGUUAUCGUACUAAUAAAUUUUAUUCCCUAAUAUUA